AUGCGCUCGGCAUCGCAGGGGCUGGACGGCUUCAGCUCCCUGUGCGCCCGCGAGGAGGGGAGGCGCGCGCCCAGGCGGCCGGGCCACCAGGCAGCUCUGCGGGACAGAGUCCUCGGGGCUCCGCGCACCUGCCGGGCAGCGCGCGCCCCACCCCCGCCGCGGGCGGCCCGGGGCACCCCCAGCAUCCAGGCCUCGGGGCGCGGGACUGGCGGGGGGGGGCAGCACCAAGGGGUGAGAGGCAGCGAGAGUGCGGAGGCCGCAGAGGCGGGGGUGGGGGCCGGGGCCCCGAGGCCGGUCCCCUGGAGGCCUUGGGGCGGGGCGCUGGCGGCGCAGGGGCCUGGCGCAGGGACGCGCGGUCCAGAGGCCGGGGCCACUCCGAGGGCGCCGGGAGCGGGGAGCGGGGAGCGGGCGUGGGGGGGCGUCGACGGCGGGCGCGCGGGGAGAGAGGCGGGCGCCCCCAGGGCCUCCCCGCGCACCCCGAGGCCCCCGCGCACCCCGAGGCCCUCCCCCAGCCCUGAGGGCCUCCCCGCGCACCCCGAGGGCCUCCCCGCGCACCCCGAGGGCCUCCCCGCGCACCCCGAGCGACCCCUCCGAGCCUCGCGCGCCGUUGCCCCGCGUGCUGCCCCGCGUGUGCCCCGGCCCCGGCUGGACGGGGAGCAGCGCCCCGGGGCCCCGCCCGGCCUCCCGCCCCUCGCCCUGUCGCGGGCGGUCCGGAGGGGCGGGAGCUUCCCCACUCGUCCUCCCCGGCCCUGGGGUCCGCCGGCCCGCCACCCCGGCCCGCCCCCCCGUCCCCCCCCCCCCGGGCCCGCUCGCCUCCUCCCCGCGGGCCCGGCCCCGCCUGCCCCCAUCCCGGUCCGUGCCUCCCGGAGGGCCAGCGCCCCGUCAUCCCCUUGCUUCUUCGCCGUCCUUCGCCCCUCCUUCGUGCGCCGCCCCGCGCCCCGAGACCUGGUCCAGCCCGGGGUCCCCGCAGGUCCCGGUGCCCCCCCAGCCCCGCCGGGGUGCGCUGCGCACGGCUCCCGGGGCCACGAGCGGGCGCCCAGUGCGCGGGGGAUUCCGAGGCCCGACCCCGCCGCCCUGUCGGGUCCGCCCGAGGGACGGAGGCGGGGGCCGGGGCGAGGCUGCCCGGUUCCCGCAGGCCGCGGUGCGUGCGCGGCGGGGGCCCGAGGGGCGAGUGAGGCCGCCUGCGGGGCCGCUGGACCUGCCCGCGGGGGGCCGGCGCCCUGGGGGCCCCCGGGCCGAGGCGGGGCGGGGCGGGGGCAGGGGCCCGAGGCGCGGCGCGAGUCCGAGGUGCGGGUCCCCGGGUUCUCCGCCGCGCCCCGAGCAGAGUUUGCGGGAACUGGGGGUGCGCGGGGCCGAGGCCGGCGUGGAGCGCUCUCGGGGCGGGGGGCGCGGGGGGCGCGGGGGGCGCGGCCGCUCCAGGUCCCCCGCAGCGCAGCGCCCAGGCCUCCCGGCGAGGCCCCGGCCGGGCCAGCGGGAGCCGGAGCCGAUCGGGCGACGCAGGAGGGGCUCCCGCGCCCGCCCGGCUUCCCUCCGCCGCCCGCCGCGAUUGGCUGCGCGUCCCCGGAGCCAACUUCGGCCGCCGCAGACUGUGCGAGCCCGGGGGGCCGGGGCGGGGGGCCGGGGCGGGGGGCCGGGGCGGCCUCGGGCCCGCGGGAGGGGCGGCGAGCGGGGGCCCCCGCAGCCCGUCCGCGGCCGCCGCCAGCCGAGGGGAGCGCGGCGCGCAGAUGCCGCGGGGGCCGCUCGCAGCCGCCGCCGACUUGGGACCGGGCCCCGGGCCGCGGCCGGGCUGACCCCGCGCCCCCGCCGGGCCCUCCGCCGGCCGCGCCGACCCACGGCCCCAGGUGA